AUGGAAGAACAAAAGUUAAUUCAUAGAAUCUUGAAGAAGACCAGUUAAAGUUUCAAUGACAUGCGCACAGUUAUUUUAAAAGUUAGAAAUAAUGCUCUUUCUUUUGCUGAUACUGUCUUAGAAUUUGGAAUUAAGUUAAUACGCAAUAAUCGCAGCCAAUUAGGAAGUUAAUAAUUCAUUGUUUUGGAAGAAUUAUUCAAUGCUGCUAUUGAUUUGCAAUUAUACUACAUAGCUGAUAAAUGUCUCAAGAAAUUAAAAGCUAACUUCCCUGAUUCACCUAAAAUUAGUUUGAUGCAAGUUGUGUUAAUUGAAGCUGCAGGAAGAACUGAGUUCUUUGACACAUAAGUUGCAGAAAACCUUUCAUAGAACUUGCUUGAUUAUGAUACUAAAAAGAGAUUAGUAGCUCAAUAAAGAUAUUCCAAAACUGAUGGUGCUUAAUCAAAUUUCGUUUAAAAAAUGAAUACUUAUUUGGAAGAAAAUCCUAACGACGGUGAAGCCUGGCUUGAGUUAGGUGACUUUUACUUAGAAAAUUUAAACUAUCCUAAAGCUCUUUACUGUUAUGAAGAAUUAAUCCUUUUAUACCCCAAGAGAUACAUCUAUAUGACUAGAGUUGCAGAAAUAUACUACACUAUGGGUGCUGACAGUGAUCUUUUAAACGCUAGAAGUUAUUACUCUUUUGUUUUAAAUAGAAUGUCUAAUAAUUACAGAUCUUUAUGGGGACUAUAUUAGACAUGUAAAAAACUUAAAGCUCUUUUCCCUGAUGAUUAAAAAAAUAAUCAGUUACUUGAGACUACUACUCAAGCUCUUAAGGCCUUCUAUAAAGAAAAAGGAUAACUCCAUUUACUUGAUUAAUUAGAUCUCUGA